AUGUCGGGAGGCAUGCCGCUAGAAAGAUGCUUCAAAGAAGCAGAGGAGACCGGAAGAUUAAAUUUAAGCCUGAAAAACCUCCGCGAUUUUCCAGAUCCGACGGACGAUUGCGAACUUAUAGAUGUAAUUGAAAUAGGUGAGUGAUAAGUGCAAGUUUUAAAUAUUGAAUUGUGUUCAGCUCAUCGCUGAAUGUCGCUCUUUGUUGCUGUGAUGGGGUUUGGGUACUUGCAGUAUCAUUGUUGGAUGUUAUCUUGUAGAUCUAUCCAAGAACAAGCUUUCAGAAUUUCCCGCUGAGUUAUNCUCAUGGAACAGUUAUUUUUCGCGGGAAAAGCUUAUCUAAAAAUAAACUCACUUGUAAAAACGCCGUUGCACGAAUUUAUGGCAGUUGAACGCUCCGGGUUAUGGGCUCCUGCCAAAACUAUGUACGUGAAAAAAGAGCAGGAAUCCUUUUGCAGAUUACGCGAUUACCAUUUUUGUAUGUAACUUGGUUUACGUCCCGACAAGUUUUACUUGUAAUUUUAUAACCGCUUGAUAAAUUUUUAUAAAAAGUUGACAAUUUAGUUUACUCCCUUAAAAAUCCAGUCACUGUUCUUCGGGUUUUCUUGGGUUGCCUGUUUCCCGCAGAGGCCCCUGGGAGCAGUGCCGCUGUCAUGCGUAGUAACAGCACGAGGUAGGUUGAAGGACGUCCAAGAUGUCGCCGCAUCGGCGAAAGAAACGACGAGUGAAAGUGCCAAUAUCUUCUUUAUAACAUGUAAACCCGACCAUGUCGGGAGGCAUGCCGCUAGAAAGAUGCUUCAAAGAAGCAGAGGAGACCGGAAGAUUAAAUUUAAGCCUGAAAAACCUCCGCGAUUUUCCAGAUCCGACGGACGAUUGCGAACUUAUAGAUGUAAUUGAAAUAGGUGAGUGAUAAGUGCAAGUUUUAAAUAUUGAAUUGUGUUCAGCUCAUCGCUGAAUGUCGCUCUUUGUUGCUGUGAUGGGGUUUGGGUACUUGCAGUAUCAUUGUUGGAUGUUAUCUUGUAGAUCUAUCCAAGAACAAGCUUUCAGAAUUUCCCGCUGAGUUAUCUGAUUUUGUUAUGAUCGAGAAAAUUGAUUUAUACCACAACACAAUUCGAGGAGUUCCAGAGUCCCAGCUGAGCGAACUGAAAUUCCUCCGAGUGCUUAACUUAAGGUGGGUGGCUGAAUAAAAAGUGGCAAUAAAUAAUUUGGUAAUUUAUGUUGAACACAUGAUAAUCCGUUAUAAAUUAAGUUGACAAAAGGUCACUUAUUUAUUAAGGCUGAUCUUAACAGUUCCCUUACUAAGCUUAAUCCAAAUCCUCUAGACAGGCUAUGAUGAGGAUCAUGUUAGCUUAAAUCUUCAUGUACUUAUUAUUAUUAUUUUAAAUAUUAUUAUUGUUAUCAUUAUCAUUAUUAUUAUUUUAAAAUUAUUUUAGCCAUCUGGUUUUCAUUUGACAGUAUUUCUAUCAAUUCGUCAUUUACAAAAUUUGGCCCUUCUCCUUGUCUUUCUUCUCUCAAUUCUGGAUCCAAGGGCAGCUCAUUUCCAGAGUUGUUAUUGUCUUCUCUUGAUGAUCUACUAUCCUUGCGUCCACUCUUUUGGCCCUAACUUUAUUAUAUUCUGCAAACAUGGGAAUAUCCCAGUGGGCCUGCACAUCCUAGCUGUUGUAGAGUGACUUUGGCUGCACUGGGGAGUACCAAGGUGGAACACUGUCAGUUAGCUUAAGAUCUCAUAGAAGCUCAAAAAAUAACACCUUCAAGGCUGAGUUAUGCCUUUCUAGUUAUUUGCUCUGUGCUAAAGCUGAACAGCCAGCAAAGAUAUGUGGACCGCUUUCUGGGCACUUCCAACAUAACUGACACAUCACAUCAUCAGGUAAACAGGUCUUUAUCUUCUUGCUGGUGUAGACUGCUUAGUCGGUAGAAGCUGCUCAUAGAGCUCAUACAUUCCUGCCACUGUGUAAAAAGGGCACACAGACCACUCCCAUAACCAAGCAAAACAUGCCUUCUAUCCAGACCUUGGUCUUCUUCUCUGGCCAUGAGUAGCUUUCCUUGCCAUUUCUCAUUUUGGAUCUUAUCUUGACCCAUUUCUUUCGUGGCUACGUUUAGCUCAUUCUUUUCCUUUUCACACGAAAUGUCUUUCCCAUCCCUGUCCUUAUACAUGGGCUGAGGAUGACAAUUGUCUGAGGAGAUCCCCAUCACAUUUGCAUAACAUUGAGCCUCCUUUACCAACAACUGGUGGUCUUUGAUUGUGGCGUGCUCUUCAAACUCCCAAACCAGCCGCAGUGUACAGUAUGUAGGUUCUUGAUUGUUAUAUAGCUUUAUAGCUGCUUUCACUUUGGUUUGCUUGUACUCUAUCUCCACUGAUAUUAAACCACACCAUCCUGCUUAUUUAUUAUUAUUUUUGUAAUUAUUAUUUUAUUUUUUACGGGACUUUGAAAUGUUUUUUAUGGAAACCCUGACCACUUGGAAGAAUCAUCCUUAUAGAUGGAGCCAAAUAAUGGCAGAAGGGGAACUCUCCCUUACAUUAUUGAGGCAUUUGACAAAAUUUAUGUAGUGGUUGAAAACUCUAAAUCAGGAAGAAGAAUUGUUUCAUUAUCUUCAAAUGAAUGUCCUGCUGUGUCAUCCUGGAGCAUUUCUAGAUAAUCUGCUACAAUGUAUCAGUUUCCAUUUUCCUGCCUGCUUUUUUGGCCAAGCAGUACUAUGGAUCAGAAUUCAUAUAGUGAUAACUCAGGCAUAGAUCUUGACAAAUUUGGCCAGUAUUGGUCAGAUUUGUAAUAACAACAGAUAAAAUAAUAAUAAUGUGGAGCUGACUGUCAUUCAUUAGGCUUUUUGCAGUAAUUAACGUACUCAUUCUGCACUGUCUUGUAGUCCAGGUGCAGACAUGACAAUUAAUCUGGUGCUUGCAUAGUGAAAAAAUAUCAUGCAAAUUAUGCAUGAUAAUUUCAUUUCCCUUCAAUUUGGUUUGUAAAGCAGCCCAGUCAAAAUAAGCUUGAAGCCAGCAAAUUUGCUGCUUUCAGUGAAAAUAUUAUUAGCUAUCUACUCAAAACUUAGACCCACAAAGUAUUUAGGAAAAAAUUUAAUAAAAUAAUGCACUUCAUUUAUGUGUCAAUGUGCUCAGCACGAAAGUACUAAUUGGGGACACUAUUUUUAUGUCUCCUACUGGAGACGUGACCGCCAUUUUACAUGGUCAUCCGAACCACUGGAAGAUCUAGCUGUUUGCAGGGCAAACGAAGAGCCUUCAUUUGUCAGUUAUUUAAGACCCUGAGUAUUGGUCUGGUCCCAGGAACUGAUUGUGUGACCUUCCCCGCUGAGGUCGAGCGCUCUACCGACUGAGCUAAUCCUGCCACCAGCUCAUUUCUCCAUCAUUAAAAACCACACAAAUCUAAGCCUUUGCUCCCUGCUACCUUGGUUAUCCUGCCUGCUAUUAUGAAACCUUUUGACUGGGCAGUGGAAUAAUUUAUUACAAUUAUCCCAAUAUAUACAUGGUGGAGUUUUAUCCUCGGUGUGACUCUUUCUCAGCUGAGGCCAAAUACACCAUGUCUUCACUGAGGCCAAAUACUCAAUACAAAAUACAGUGUACCAUCUUUUUGGCUACAAAGGGAUAUCAGUCCCACAUCAGUGGACUCGUUGUAUAAAUACAGAUGCUUUUUUGAAAAGCUUUGUUUAACAUUUAUUGUUUUCUUUUCUUUUCUAUCUGUAGACGAAACCAGAUAACCAGCUUUCCAACUGAGCUGUGCUCCUUACCACUGCAGGUUCUGAACUUGAGUAACAAUAAGCUUAGCACACUCCCAGUAGAAAUUGGGCUUUUAACAUUAUUACAAGAUUUGGUGAGUUAUACUCCAUUCCUUCAAACAUGAAUAAAAAAUUUAGAUAAAAUAAAUUAAUAUUACCUUGCAAAAGUGCUACUGAAGAGGUUUGUGUGAAUGGUCACACCAUAGGAUUUUAGUCCACAGACUUACCGCGCUUUUCUCCAUCAUUAAAAGUUAAAAACAGCAUGAAACUUAUGUCUACAUAAUGGAAUCUCUACACUGCACUUGCUUUUACAGUGUUUGGGUUUUCCCAUGAAAUGUAAACAACUAAGAGCACCUGAAAUAUUUUGUGCAUAUGGAUUGUGUAGUUACCAACAUAGCAGAGUCAAAAGAUCAUGAUAUACCAGCAGACACUAAAAACAACAGACUAAUAAUUACUGUUACUACUUGCAGCAAUAGUUUUCUGACAAAUCAUUGUAUGUUUUUUUGUAACUCAACAACAUUCCAGAAACAUUUUUUUGUAGUCUUCACAGUUUUUUGAGUUUCACAGAAAUAAUUUGAUAUUUUUUGUUUUGGUUUAUUAUUUCUACACAGGAUUUAAGUUCAAAUGAAUUAGUCCACUUGCCCAAUAGCAUGGGAGAGAUGAUAUCUCUAAAGGAUUUGAACCUACGGAGGAAUCGCUUAGAAGUUUUACCCGAUGGUAAGAUAACUAUCACUUACUUGUUUUAUUUGUGUUUUUCAUUAGCUGUUAUUCAAAAUAUUGUUAUGAAGAAGCUACAGUUGUAAGCUAGUCAAACUUUUAUUGAUUUUUACCUUCUUUCUCAUACCUCCCAAUAAGUUUGCCCAUCCUGUAAGAAAUUAUAUGUCAUUGUCACCCCAUCAUCUCCUUGAUUUUAUUCUGGAUUCUGUGCUUAAACAUCAGUGAAAGGUGGUCUUUGCCUUAGUUACAAAUCAGGGUUGUCAGAAAGUUUUGAAGGAGAUGACUGAGUUGUCAAAGUAAGCAGCAAGUCCAGGGAUAUUUUAUAAAAAAAAAACCAUCAGGAAUAUUUUGUUUAAAAAAAACACCAUCUGUAAAGAAAUGCCAAGCAGAGUAGCUGGCUGAUAUUAACCAAGUAGGCGGUGAUUUUCACCGGCAGCCAGCUACUUUUGACAACCCUGUAAAUACAUUGUUUUUCCGUUUUUAUUUUGCAGAACUUAGUAAAUUAAAAUUGGUCAGGUUAGAUUUUUCAUAUAACAAAGUGUCAGUAAUUCCGCCUGCAUACCGGCUUAUCACCAGUCUUUCUGUGUUGGAGCUGGCUCACAAUCCUCUGACCUCCCCUCCUGCCCAGGUAGGUGCAUGAUCUUCAAACCAUUGCCUUUAGGAUUGAAAAUGAAGAUUUGAAAACUUCUUAGUCUAACAAUAUUUUAAAGUUCAUUAUCUUUGUUUGUAACAUAAAAUGUUACAAACAAAAAUAAUGAACUUUGAAAUAUUGUUGAUGUGGGCUUUGAGAGAGAGAUUCGUUUGACAUGAAGCUGUGAUUUUGUCAUUUACAAGUAAAUUCUUCCUUAAAUUUGAAUUCCAUAGCAAAAAAGGAUGUUUUAAAGGCAAUAAUUAUUAAAACAAUGAGCUAGAUAGCCAUGACAGCCCCUUAAAGAUGAAGCGAUCUUGACUCAAAAAAGCUUGUCAAACAUGACAGAUUUGUUAUAAAGGCAAAACUUACUGUAGUCAGAUAUUUAAAGAUGUAAAAAUUAGACUGGUUUGAAAUAUUUUAAAACCUAGCAAGAGUUUCACCAAACUAGAAACAGUUGAGCUGGGCUGUGGUGUUGCAGAUGGUUGCAAUGUAAGACAAAAGAUUGGAAAGACACUGAAUAGUAACCACACCACAACACUGACAAGAGCUAACCUUCAAUGGUUAUUGCAACACUUUUUUUUCUUAAUACUUAUUAUCAUUCGAAGCAACUUUUUCUUUCUUUUCAUUGGCCAAGAGCCCACCACGUGACUUGCAAAUAACUGCAUACAAAUAAUGAUCUGCUCAUGCGCAAUGCCAUCCAACUGUGUUUGGCUGCAAAUAAUAUUCUGCACAUGCAUAAAGGAAACGGUGCCUUUCUCCCUCUUGUGAUCGCUCUUGCGUGAAAAUGGCUGAUCGCUUUGCUUCCCGAGGAUAUUCAUUUAAACAACAAACUCAGUGAUCGAAUGAUAAAACAAUUAUUGAACUCAGUUAUCGCAAAAUAUUGUGAUUUGUCAGUGUCUCGCAGAUCAAUUAUUUGCCGAAGCAGAAGGCUGAGGUAAAUAAUUGAUCUGCUCACCACAGACAAAUCAUGAUACUUUGCUCAACCUCAUCCAAUAAUUGUUAAUUAUUUAUAGUUUCUGACAUCAUGGAGGUAAUGUCGCAGAGCAAUUAAAGUGCUGGAGUUAAAGUCCAGAGGCCCUGAAUUCAACUCCCCCUUAUAUGCUAGCUGGAUUUGUUGUUGGCCAUGCUUGUAAAUAGCCAAGUGGUUGGCGUGCUACCAGUGGGGAUUCUUAACCCUAUUAUUUUUAAUAAUCUUUUUUGAACUAGUUGUUUCAUUAUCCCUGAAAAGCCCUUAAAGGGAGAGGAUAUUUAUUUAUUUAUUUAUUUAUUUAUUUAUUGUUUAGUUAACUGUAAGCAGUUGACCUGGUUACAGUAACUGCACAGUGAAUCCUCAAGAAAUACCUUCUGUCUUUUGACCUUUUGCUACUUCAGGUUUGCACAAAAGGGAGGUUACAUAUUUUCAAAUACCUCAGUGCAUCUGCACAUGAACAAGAAAAGGUGAGUCACUGUACCACUAUCUGCUGAAAUACCUGUAGGUUGUGUCUGCUCACCUCAUUUUUGUAAGUUACAAUAAAUCCUCUAUUAAACCUCAUGGAGGUGGCAUUUCAAGCCCAUUUGGGGUAGGGGGGGGGGCUUAUUUAAUUUAAAAACGAGGAUGGUAUCAGUUCUCCAUAAAGAACUAGAAUACAAAGAGGAAAAGCUCAAGUGGAAAAGCCCAGUGUUAAUUUUUGUCUUAAUUGAAUUCAUAAUCAGUAAUUGCCCUAUUUUUAAGGCUACCCUCACAUGAUGCCAGAUGAAUUUUUGAUCAGCUGAAAAAUUUGACCAGCUGCUUUGUUUACACAGGACCUUUCAAUAUUUUCACUCUGUUCACCCAGCACUUUGAAAGUCUAGACAUCUAAAUUUUCGCACAGUUAAGGUGGUUCCAUGUAAAAACAAAUCACCUAAAUGCAUGAAUUUUCAACCAAAAUGUCCAGUGCAGUUUGAACAUAGUUUACUAAGUACUUUGUUCCAUGUGACAAUUUAACAAUAACAUUAUUUGUGACACAAAAAUAUUAAACCUUCUCUUUCUGUCACGACCAUGAUACUGAUUGCUUUGUUGAGGAUAUUUGUAUUGGUCUAGAAGAGAAGUUUGUACAAUCCCUACCCUAACAGUGCUGAAUUCUCUGUAAUGCAGUGAUCUUGUUAGUAGAAUCCACUCUCAGGUUAAACCAGAAUUUUCCUUGUCUCUCAUAAAUGAUAAUAGGACCAGGGACCCCUUUCUCAAAAGGCCUGGUAACUUUUCGGGCCCAAAGGCAAAUUUUGAAAUCAAAACCUGUCAAAUAGUUGUACAGUUUCUAGCUCACAAACUGGUCAAUUUUGCUUUUCUUCAUAUCAUUUUCAAAAUUAUUGAAACUUUUCUAGAGUACAAACACAGCAAACGUAAAACAGCUUUCUGUGCCCGAAAAGUUGAGGUACUUUCGAAAAACAGCCCCUUGGAAAGAAAGGAAAUUCAGGACCAAGCUAGGUUGAUUACUGGUUUAUUCUGAGAAUGAUUUGUACCUAGAGUGGAUGCACCUGCUUUUCCUUGGUUCCAGCCAUUUGGUGCCUGCAGUCUAUCAGGAAGUUUGAUAUAAGAUUUCUGUUGAUAAUCUUUCAAUUUUUUUUUUCUCCUUGUAGAGAAGAAAUUUUGACAGAAGUCUUAGAAAAUAUCCUAUGGCAAGAUCUUCAAGGUCUGUGUUAAUUCUGUUUUCACUUCAGCAUGUCAGUCUUCCAACCUAAUUUCCCUUUUGAGCACUCUUUUUUAUAACCUGUACAGGUUAUCAUAAAGGGCCGCAAACUUCUACAUUUUACUUUUAUUAUUGAGUGUAAUUGUGGCUAGAAAUAGUCUUAUUGCGUUUCAAGUAGGAGCAUGUGAAACCUAUGACAAGGCCUGCAUGUAUGCUUGAGAAGAGUUUCGUCAAGUUUUCAUCGUUGGAGUGAACUUCGAGCCAUUAAGUUCAAAACUCAUUUUGUUGAUUAUUAGCCUAAGAACAUGCUGUUGUUUUGUCCCAGUUUAAUAGAUCAAUGUUUAUCUGACAGUUCUAGUAAUCCUUUUUCUUGGCUAUUCUUUGUUUUUGUAUUUCAUUUUACUGCCUUGGCCUUUAUUUUACAGUGAUGAUACUCAGGAAAAUCACAGAGUCAGAAAAUCACUCUCUUUGGAUUUAGCUCGGAAUGCUUCUCAACGGGAGGUGAGUGCUCAUGGCCUUUAUACUGCAAGCAUCCAGAUCAAUUUUUGAGCUGAAGUGCUCACAUGAUAAAAUAGAGAUCCUAUAUCUUGAGAGCCACAGAUUCACAUCAACUUAACUUUAACAUACUAUUUUUUAGAGGGGUCUGUUCAGCUGUCAGUAGUUAUUUGUAUCUGGAGUAGUCUGCCUCUGGAUCAAAUGACCUUGCAGAAUCUCUAGUUCUAAUUUCAAUGGAGGCAACUAUUAUAAUAUUAUUAUUUUUACUAAUCAUACUCACUGUGCUUUUUCUUUACGAGAAAUCAAGAUCCUGUUUAGGAAACCAAACCCCCAGCCUGUCCAGCAGCACAUCUCAGACUGUGUGUACCAAAUAAGAAAUUUCCAUACUGGAAGAUUGUUGUUUGGUUUUCUUACCCUGUUUCCUCUUCACUAGGCAUUUGAAAAAGAUGGUUAUCGAUCAAGUUCAUUGCGAGACAGAGAGAGGAACAGACCUCCACUGUCCAAUGUGUUUGAAUCAGAAGAAAAAAGACGUGAAAUUCAGAAGGAGAUCGAAAGAGCUCAGCAACUACUGUCUGAUGCCCGUGAGGUUGGAGAGGCAGGGGAGGUACCCUCAAGGCCGGAUGAAGAGUUUAAUGAAGGAGAGGAACUUGAAAAGGUUUGUUUUAUUUUUCAUUUUGUUUUAGCCUGCCUGGUUAGCCAUUGGAGCAUGACAGGCACCAGUUAGUUCUUUCGGUUAGUUUGUUUAGAGCAUGCGAGCUAAAUAAUGUAACUUUGUCCACUGGUUUUGCUAAUUGGAGUAGUUAACCUCACCGAAUAUGAAAUGUUGUGUUUCAAUACCAGAAUGAUCUGUUUUGGUGAGCAGUCUGGUCAACGCAUGUUUGGUUUCUCACGUUAUUCAUUCUAGUUGCACACCAACAAUGUUUUAUAAAACUUGGUCAACUUUGGAGGUGCGGUGCUCUAGAGGUGCUUUGCACUCUGUUUUAGGAGGUUCGGGUUCAGGCCCUGCAACGGUCAUUGUGCUGUGUUCUUGGGCAAGACACUUUCACUUUCACAGUAUAUCACCCCACCCAAUUUUAUAAAUAUGUACUAGUAAAUUUAAUGCUGGGGGUAACCCUGCAGUGGCUUGGUAUCCCCUCCAAGGAGGAAUUUAUAUCCGCAAUCACUUCUUUCACAGAAACCAGGUUAAGCUCUGAGCUGUAACCUCACCUUACCUUACCAGUAAAAUAAACAGUUAGAUUUGUGACCUUUUCCUUCUGGAAUCAACCACUUCUCAUUGGCAACCACUUCUUCUAAACUAUAAAAUCAGUUUUCCUUUUCUCAUUUGUUUUACUCAUUUGGAGUGUUGACAGAAUUCCUGGGAAGGCCAGCAAUAAGUAUACCACCCCAAGGAAUGUGCAUACAACUAUCACACAGUAAAUUUUUAUUUGAUAAUGACAAAGUCAUUAAUUAACUUCCAUUAUUUCAACCACGUAUGGGCCUUAAAUUGCCAUAACAAAGGGUGUUAACACAGUCUUUGUUACCACAGCUUUUUUCUCACUUUGGCACAUGGAAGAGGGGAUAGCUUUCAUGAGAAGAUGUUACGGCAUUUCUUAUGAAACUCUCACAAACAGCAAUUCGCCUGACUUUAAGUUUGUCUGGGCUACUCUAGUUCUGUUUUUUAUUUCUUUAAACAUGAACUUUUGCUCUGCAUAAAAAGUAAUUUGAAACUGGAAGAAUAUUUUUUAUCAUUUCAUUGUGUACAUGUAAGAACCAGCAUACAUUGUGCCUUAACAUUCCCUGUCUGACACUGUAGUGAGAUUGUGUAUUUUGUUGGCAGCCAUUAACAAAACCAUUUUAGUGAGCAGUAUUUCAUAGAACCUGAUGCAAGCACAAUGAAAAUACAGCUGCAUCAGAGAGACUAGAAAAAAAUAAACGUGACAGCCAGAGUUUUUGAGCUAUUUACAUAAUGCAAAAAAUAAUGAUUACAAUAAAUUAAUGAUUAACUUAGCACCUUAUAGGGCAGAAUAAUCAACGCUUAUGAUGUCAUGGAACUGCUUUCAAGGCGUCUUGUAGUGUCGUUUCAUGUGAGGUUGUUUGUGAGUGUUUCAUUUUUUAAUUCAGUCAUUUUCAAUAUAAUUAUUUCACUUGAAUUUGCCUUUUUAUUUGGAGUUUUUAACUUAAAUGUCAGGAAGAGUAUGGUGUACGUGUAUAAAUCUUUACAUUUUAGUCUCAAAUUGAGCCAUUUUAUAAAAUCACGAAAACAUUUAGAGAGGGAUUACGCAUGGCAGGAAAACAAACAGGAUUUUACACGAUGUUCUCAAUGAUAGUGAUGUCUCUGACUUUGAGCAUGAUUGUGGCAAUAAUGCAAGCAAUAUGUUUAAACUUAGCAUGGACUCUGGUAGAACAGUAAUUAUUUUAAUUAGCUUUCAAAUGGAAUAUGGCAAACCAUAUUUAGUUACAAUCUUGGAUUUACAGGUAGAUGAUUUUUUUUUAACAAUGACUUCAAAAUUGUUAUUUUCAUUCAGUGGGUUCUGUCACAUUAAGGGUUAAAUAGUCCUGCACUGACCAUCAGCUGAAGUUUUCCUAGCUUUGCAUGUAAAUAGUGACCUGUUUAUCUCCUGUAACUUGGGAUUGGUAAUCAUGUUAUGUCUCAUUAAAGAUUUUUUGUUUGUGAUUAUUUGUGUGGAGUGCCUGCAAACUAGCUAGAAAAGCUGAGUGCUCUUCCACUGUGAACAAAAAUUAACAUUUACUUUUAUAAAAGGACAUUAUAGAAAAUUACUCCUAAUCAAGAAGUGAAUCUUGUUUGUUAAUUGAUCAAUAAGGUCAAUAAAAACUACUAGUGCCAUCAACUGAGUUGAUACAACUCACUUUGACUCUAAAGAUGAUUACUUGACAGGUUGUCAAAACGUCAGUCACUGUCAACAACAGUCCUAUUCAGGACUAUGUUCAAGUUGAAGAUCAUGCUCAACCUUCUUAGGAAAACAGUACUACUUUUCACUUCUGUGAGCAUUUACAAUGCAACCCUUGGCUCAGUGCGUCAAACAAGGCAUUGUGUUAUGUAAAUCCCUUAUUCAAUUGCAGCCCUUCUUAAUAACUCAACUUUUUAAAUAGUACGGCUGUAUGCAUAUUAGAUUAGUUUUCUUGGUAUGGAAAGCUAUCAAGAUUAUUACUAGUCAGAUGUAUCCCUUUUUAAGACAAAGCUCUUGUAACACUUGAUAAUAAUGAUUAACUAAAAGUGUAAAUAUUUUUUUCUUUGAUAAACGUUUAAAUCUUAAAUUAACUUUUUAAUAUUUUUAUUGGUUAAUAGUCACACAUGCUUGCCCUCUAAAUAAUUUUGUCCUUGAAGCAAGGUGAUUCAGAUUAACUUAAAAUAAAAUUCAUCCAGCUAAGUCCUAACCAGAUUAACCUUUGUUGAGUAAAAUUAAAAUUGGCAAAUUUAAAAGAAGAAAGGUGUCAAAGGCUCAAGUUUCUGUGUGGCCAUUAACAUUGCAUUACUUUUUGGAACUAAGUUGUGAAGUGUCAGUACUUAAUUCCAGGAAGUAAUUCCUAAAUGUUUGGCUUGCACAGUAACUUUUGCCUUUCCUUUUGUUGCAGAUAAAUGCUCAGCCUCUUCUGCAGCAUUCUGUUUGGAAAAAAGUCUUCAGCAAAAGUGCUUGGCCCUUUGUAGCUGUUCUGUUGUACGCAAUCCUCAAUCCUGGGACAGUUUUCCUGUCCUUAUUUGUAGCUGUGAUCUGCAUAUUUGUUGUCUGGCUUUUCAAUGAAGAAAAACACAGGAACUUGAGAGAAAUUUCCAAUCGAUCUACUGAUAAGUCUUCCCAUUAUAAAUCACCUCUUGUGCAGCCAUUUGCAAGAUAGAUAUUUUUGAAACUGCCACCUCUAAGUAAUGUUUAUGUGAAUAUUUUGUGAUUACCGGUAGUUUAAUUUAAAGUUGUCGUGUUUCAAAAAAUAACCAUAACUUGUUCCUCCUUACCACCAUCCUGCAUGGAAAUUCCAGUUUAGCCUCAAGAACUCCUUUUUUGUAUGCUUUUAUACUCCUACUCUUUCAGUGCCUCUCUAUGGAGUGAGGAGAUAGUGGCUGUUUCCUGAAAGUUGUAGACAAAAUAGGUCAAGAUAUUCUUCAUAAGAAGAGUGCUUUCAGCCUCUGUUUCAUUCCCUAAAGUUCCAAAAGUAAACUUUAGUAGCCCCCAUUUUCCCUCUAAUACUAUUUUGUGCUGGAAAUUCUGAGAUUUAAUUAACUGCUGGUCCAAAGUCUCCCACAACUACAUGUAAUAUAUAAGCAUUAAACUUUAUUUAUUUUUAUUUAAAGUAACAUUAAAAGAUGAACCAUAUCUAAUAUUAAGGUUAUUAAUGUUACUCACAACAGUAAAAAUCUUAUUUUAAUGAGAUACCUCACCUCAAGACAAAUGGCCAUUUUAUCGUCUGGUCUAGUACUUUUGAGUAUGUAUCUUUGACAAAUAGUGUCCAAGGUUAAAAAGGUUUGUGUCAGAUAUGGACAGCAAUGCCAUUAAGAGUAUAUUAUAAUAUAUAAGAGAAAAUUUAAGUUAAAAAGAAAGUAAUAAGUUAUUGCCAUGUAUUCCUCUUUAAACCAUAUUAAAUUAUAUUCCUCUCUAAAAAAAUACUUGAUGUGUAUCACAGAAGCUGUGUAUGGAAUUUUUCUGAGAUUUUUACUUGCAUUAAUCCAAUGUCUUGAAAAUUAGGCAGGAAAAACAAUAAUGCUUAAAGUAUUUUGUACUCUAAUGUUGGUAAAAAAAAAAGAGCAUAUUGGUGCCAUUAGUAUUAAAAUAGUGUGGGAAAUAUAUUGACAGCAGUGAUGGGCUUUUUGGGCUAACAUGUUUGGAUUUCCAUACAAGUUACACAAAAAACACUGGUAUGACAGAAAAACAAAUAUUUCCUGGAGCCAGUGAAUUAAAAAUGUAAUCAAGGACUAUGCAUUUUGAUGGCUAUGUUUAAGAAGAGUUCUUAGAUCGUUUUCUGUACUGUGUUAAAACUACACUUGUAGUGGUAAUAACUUUUAGUACCUUGAUUUAAUAAAUAUUAUUUUUGAGUUAUUGAGUAGAUAAAACUUAAAUUACCAAUAGCAAAAACACCACAUCUCUCCUUGUGGUGUGAAAACCCAGUUACUGUAAAUGCUCAAAUUAGCACCCAGAUUCAAAUACAUGCCUUCGUUAAGUUAAUACCCCCCACCAAUCCUACAACUAUGAAAUAAGUUCUCCAUUCUAAUACUCCCUUUUCCCAAGAAAAAAUGAACUAAGGUAAUACAUAUACAGUAUUUUAACCUCUUUGACAACAAUGGGUGAGGAUAGCAAUACAUAAAGUAAGGAGUGUCCCCUUUCAAAUUAGCACCCCUUGCAUACCAAGUGAUUUAAUACAUGCUAGUGCUGGUUGUUAAUUCAAGCAUUUACAAAAGAUAUUGUAGAGAAUAAAUCUUAAAAUUCUACCACUCGCAUUAGCCCUGCUGUCUUUUACUGAAGAAGAUUGAUGGAUUCAGACAAAACAUUAUUUUGAAUUGGACUCAAGAACUUAGAUCAUUCUGAGUUAGAGAGUUUUGUGAAUAUACUACUUUACUAAAAGAGUCGUACAGAAAUGUGUGAGCAGCGCUUGUGUUAAAGGGUUCACUUGAUACUUUUUCUGAAAGGUUGCACCAUUUGUUUCAGCAUGUUAAUACGUGUAUAAGUUAUUAGCAUUGAGUUAAGUUAUGAAGUAAGUUAUUAGUAUUGAUAUCAUAAGCAAUUGUAUUUAUAGAAGGUAUAGUAUGUUUUGUCCAAGUCUUAUUCAAAUUAGUGUUUAUUGUUAUGCUAGAUUUAUCUAACUCAUUAAUAAAAGUGAAUUAAUUAUUCAAAACUCUGUUUUAAAAGAAUACCCCUAUUUUUGCUUUCUCGUGAUUCAGAGGUACAACAGAAUUUAAUGUACUAUUAAAUUUUACUAUUAAAGUAAGUUAUAAAAGUUUUCCAUCCGACUUUAUUGUGUUGUUAUGUGAGGAGUUUCAUAAAACAGUCCAUGUUUACUGUUUUGCCCUUUAUUGUUGUUGAGAAGUUUGUUUUUACAAUCAUAGAUUAGACUGCCUGAAGUCUGUUUCCUCUGUCUUCUACUUUUUGUUUUUCGUUUCUAAAGAAAAUGACUCAAUGAACCAUUCAGGACCAAGUUUCUCCUUGCCCAAAGGAGCAAGGAUUAAUACAGUUGUUUAGUAAACUGCCAUCUGUGCAGGAGGUUCCAAGUUUGAUUCCCAUGUGAGACCUCAAAUCCUUGUUUUGACUUCUUUCCUUUCAUUGUACCUGUAAGUAGCUGUAAACACCUGUGAAACAGCACUGAAAGAAAGCGGGUGAGGGGUGAAUGAGCCCAUUGUUGGUCAGUCUAACAUGUACUGUUAAGAGUUACCAACAUAAAAUAAGGACCUUUACAUUGACGUUUAGGUCUCCGCUCCCCUGUUUCCUUCCUCAGCCCUGGACUUAGUGCUGAAUAUCCUCUGUUAAAGCCACACCUUUGAAUACAUAUUUCCCUGGUGCAUUUUGCCUUAGGGAGUGCAUACAAUAAUACAAGGUAGAGACUUGGGUCACCAGUUUAAGAAAAUAAUAUCCAUGUACCGGUAUUUUGUCGACCCAAGCCUUAAGUUGGCACCUUCUUUCACAGGAAAGCAGGGAAGGUCUAAAAGCCUCAACUUGUUGUGGCCACCACUGCCACGCGGGUGUUUUGCUUAAUAUUAUAUGGCAGUUAUGUUUUACAGUCAAGGCAGGGCAAGCAUACCUCCCUAGAUUUCAUUAAUGAAUUGAUCAUUUGAAAAAUGAAGCCAUUAGUUGUUGCUGCAACCAGUCUCAAAUUCAAAUCUGCAUUCCUAAUUCUGUGAUGAGCAGUGAAUUUUUCAUCAUAACUCCUCUGUAUUCGGUCAGAUUGAAAAAUCUUUGAAUGGAUAAAAUCGUUUUGCAGACAUUUGCAUCAAAUUCAAGAAAACUGAGCUGGCAAAAAUUUCAUGACUACCUCGGGUGUGAAUUCACUGUUCAUUACAUAAUUAUGCAGAGUGCAGAUCUACAACUACCGAUGGAUUCAACCUUUGAAUAAUAAAUUCAUUAAUACAAUCUUGAGGGGAGGGGGGGGGGGGUACACUUGACCUGUCCUGACUGUUAUGUAGUAUAAGUAAUGUCCCUGAUUCUGUGUAAUAAAGAUACCUCAACAAAUGGUGGAUGGAUAACAUGUUCAGUUUCUUUGUUUUCUGUACAUUUUUGUAAAAAAUUGCUGAACAGUUUAAAAAUCAUCAAUCUCAGCAUUUAGAGAACCCAUUACAGUCUACUCUCUCUUGACGGACACCUCUAUAAGACAGACUCUGAUAAAAUGGACACCUAGAGUUAGUCCCUGCCUUUCUUUACUCCCUUUUAUUUUGACUCUCUACAAGACAAAUUUCACUUAAUGUCAGUUCCAAAGGUGGCUGUCUUGAAAGACAGUUGACUGUCAUGAGUACAAGGAAGAGUUAAGAAGUUUUUACUUUGCUUUACCAGCUUUUCCGGACACAGGCCUGCCCAGAGGGAAUGUACACAAACGGGAUUCAGGUCCCAUGCGAGGUGCCAUUCCUACCCAAUCCCACAACCUAUAAGGGUUGACCACACCACCGGGGUCUAUGACCCCUACUCUUUUGAAUAGUGAUGUGGGUUCUUUUACAUCCCACAAGAACAAUCAGUGAAAGUGCUGUGAGACAGAACCUACGGUUUUUUGUCCUUAUCCCAGAAGACUAGAAAGUCUAACCAUUUGCAGAUCUCAUUACAAAGGCAGCACUUUCUUCUCAGUUAUUUAAAGACCCCAAGUGUUGGUCCAACCGGGGUUUGAACCCGUGACCUCCUGCUCAACAGACUGGGAGUUUGAAAAUUUAAGAAGCCCCCAACCUUCAAAGGGUAUCUCCCCCCAUAAUAAGCUAGCUUUCAGUCCAGAAGGACUUAAUCCUUCAAGCCCCAGUAUCUAUAUACAAACUCUCCAGACUGAUGUCCAUACAUUUCCUUAAAAAAAUUAGUUGAGAGAAUUUGAUUAAAAGAUCAAAGAUUGAUCUCUUUGUAAUCAAUUUAUUAAUUCUCAUAAACUUUGCUCUUGACAAUCUCUGGAUAUUGUUAGGACAAAAUAAUAUGAUGUUGGUCAAUAUUGGGACUUAUAGGGUUAAAAGACUUAAAUAGCAGAAAUAAAAUAAAUGGUAGCCCUGCUGAAUAUUGCAGCUGACUGUCUGUUCAGAGCUGGCAGAUGAUGAUAUUGAUAUUACUUCUUGAUAAUUAUUUGAUAAUUUUUUAAAACAGGAAUUCUUACAAAUCGAAGCUGAACAGCGUAGGAAGAGGGAAGAGGAGGAGAGACAGGUAGAGGAACGAAGAAGUGCUGCGAGAAAAUUGCAGUCACAACAUGAAGAGUUACAACAACAGAGACAAGCAGAAAUAAGAAGGAAAAUGGAAGCUAAGAAUGGCACUCCUGAACCAAGGUAAUGCUGUUAUCUUUGAAAGUUUCAUCCAGUUUUUCUUAAAAACCUUUUCAUUGUUUGUCAACAAGAACCAUACGAGACAUACAGUAAAAACCCGCGACUAAGAACCUGUUAGGCUAAAAUGUGCCAGUUAGGCCCCAUCUAUACAAUAACCUGUUUAGCCUAAAAUUUGAAACAAGUUCUUAUUUUCUAAAAUCUCUAAAAAAAAUUCUGAACCCUUGGGCAAGGAUUCAUGUGGUCAUUGCUUUCAGUCCUUCUUCUCAUAAUCAUUUCUACUAAAUACUAAUUUGGUAUGCAGGUUUGUUACAAGCCAAGGGUUUUUAUAACAAGAACCACAACAACAAUAAUGAUAAUCUUGAUUGUACUAGUAGUAAUAAAUAAGUAUACAGUGCUAUAGGGAUUUUAAAACUUAUUCUAAUCAAUUCCCUUUGAUUUUAAUUCAAUAUUUGUAGGAAAGGAUUUGGUGGUGGAGAUAGUGGGAAGCCUCCGGUUCCACCAAAUCGCCCAACCUACAAAGUACUAAACAGGUCUGGCUCAGCCAAGGAACCAACGUAAGAAAGUCAAACUUUUCAGUUGGAAAGUAAUUCCAUGAUUUAGGCUCUUGUUUUUUGAGUGAAACUUUUAAGGCCUCUGUGUGAAAAUUUGAGUGAAACCUUUUUGGAGUACCUUCACAUGGUACCGUUAGUUUUAUGAAUUUUACAUGAACAAAAUAAUCGAUGAUAAGUUUUGAAGCUUGGCAAUAAAAUUUAGGGGCUUCUAAAUGAAGACCCUUGUCACCUUCCAGCGUGAUUGUAAAUUGAGAUGAAAACAAAAUUCUUGUUGUCUUUUUAGUUCUCCUCCUAUGGAAUCUCCAGAUGUAGCUUGGAACAGGCAGGUGGGUAUUUUUUUUUUCACCAGUUUACUUGGCUUUUCUGUUACGUUUGGUCUGUCAACUUUUUGUUGGGUGAAAUCAUGAGCAGUGCAGGGUUGGUUCUUAUUCUUUCUUGGAUUGUUAAACUAAUUCAGUUAUAUUUUACAUCUUUAUGUCAUUUUAUCCACUGUUUUUUUGUAGGCUGAGAAAACAGCCAACAUCCUACCCAAACUUCCCUUUAAUUAAGUGCCUCCCGCAAGCAGUAAGAACAACUGAAAUUAGGGGGUUAAAGGAAACAGGGAGAGGACAUGGUAUUAGGCUUCAUCAUUGUGCAGAGAUGAGCCAAACACAUACAAUCCUACUGACAACAACAUGAAGAAAAUAAGAACGGAUGUUGAAUUAUUUGAAACAAAGUCCCUGCAAAAUGACGUCUGACGAAUGAGUGCAGAAAUUCCAUACUGAUGACGUGUCGUUACCUCAUAUCUGGGUAGUGCAUUUGAUUGGUUGAAAAUUUGCUUCAUCCAAUCAGAAACACUACCCGGAUCUCACGCGUCAUCAGUAUGGAAUUUUAGCGUUUGUUUCUCAGACGUCAUUUCAUGGCGACAUCAGUAGUGGCGUAGUGACAUGUAAGCUGUUUUCUCAAGCUAGUAUUUUUGUACAGGAAGAGGAACUACGUGCAAGGAAGAGAGAAGCCCUAAUGCAGCAAAGCAGGAGAGAAGCUCAACUGUCUAGACUUAAAUUUGAGGAACAACGCCUCAAGGUAAGGCAGGCAUGCUGAAAACAUAUCUCCCUUAAAAUCUUUUAGAAUCCUCUUGUAUUAAAGCUCCCCUGGCGGGAUGGGUGUGUGUGUGUGGGGGUGGGGGGGGCUAGGCGGGUCUUAUUUAUUUUAAGCAAGUCUGGGGAGAGAGGGCUUAUUUGAGAUGGGGCUCUUAUUUAAUUUAGCAAAAUGCGUUGCCAGAAGCAAAAAAGAAGAAGAAACAUUUUAGAGUUAUGGUACCCUACAUCCUGUUUUGGAACAGGCAGCAAGAAAUAAAAAAACAACGACAACAGUAACAACAGACAACCUGAAGAUGGUUUGAAUUCUCCACAAAGAACAAGAACGUUGAGUGGAAAAUCUCAGGUACAUGAACUUGGCGGUCGUUCAGCUGAAGAUCAAAAACAAAUACGAAAUCCCAGCGUGUGAAUUAACCAUCCCGGAUCAAUCCACUUGAAGUGUUACAGUCGAGAUUAAUUAAGACAGUCUAAAUUGGUUGUGAAGAACAAGGGGGGAGGGGAGAGGGCUUAAUAACGUUGUUCCUCUAAAAUACAGAGUACUUCAGUGUUGGUAAGGGCGUUGCUGGUCUUAUCGACACAGCCUGAGGCUUCUGUUUCUCAUCUCUCCCACAUUUUAACAUUUUUAGCCUGAAAAAAGAUAAUUAAUUUUUUUUAAAAUAGAAAUGUAUUCUUUAUUUCGACUUGUAGGGUUUUCCUUUUGUAAACUGCAUUAAAUAUAAAGCGCCUUUUUAUCCAGACCACAUUAUUUGGACACAAACUUAACAACACGUGUGAUUCGCUAAACUUAUUAGUUUGUCCGCAAUUUCAUGGCCCAGUGGCGGUCGUAUUUUAGGGGCCGACCAUUUAACUCUUGAGGCGGGGGGGAGGUUGAUUUUGAAAAAAAAAUUCCUGCAAGCGCUUGUCGGAAGAAAAAAAUUGCAUGCAGCACAAAUUUAAUAGAAAGCUUAUGGGAAAAAAGGGAACAAAUUAUCCUGCCCACCAGAUUGCUAGAAAAAAAAAUUCUCGAUGAACAGAAAUCCCCCCUCCCCCCCCCAAGAGUUAAAUGGUCGGCCCCUUAAUGGUUAUUUCAGUUCAAACAAGUAGAACUUAGAUUUGCAGCCAAGAGGGCCAUGUCUUAAAGCUUUGUAAGGCCAAACGUUCUUUUGUUUUGUUUAUUUGUUUGUUCGUUCGUUUUAGUGCACCAUUUUUCGUAGAUGUCUAAAAUUAUCAUGAGCAUCUCAUCAAUUUUUUUCCAAUAAUUUAUUACCUAUUUUGGUGUAUUUUCUUUGUAGCACGCGACAAAUGUUCGAGAUACAUCAAGUAAAUUGGUAGGUUACCUCUUAUUAGGUUCUACAUUUAUUAUCAUUUCUUGUAAGCCCAGUGAAAUCUCUGAUUUCAUUUAUCACGAUCACGAACAGGAUGUGGGUGAAUUAACCCUUUUUUUUAUUAUUUUUCAUGGGAAAAUUUCAGUGUGCAAUCUAGCCUGCGAGCCAGCUCUCCAAUUAGGGAGGGAAGCGAGCGCGAGACGACGCACGCGUGAGCGGCGUCCCCCUUUGCGUGCGGCUCUCGCGUGACUUGUCGCGACUCCCCCAAUAUGGAGAGCUGGCUCGUAGCUAGACUUUCUCAAAGUCCUUCGCUUUUCAUUUCCGGUUCCGGUAGUUGGCCCCAGCGCGAAGGACUUUUAUCUCUCUCGUUCGCUUUUGUCGCAGAAAACUACCGCUCGCGCUUUGCACUCGUGAAAAAAUUUGAGCUCGACUUGUUGGCAAGUCUAGGUCGUAGCCUAUGUGCAAUCCUUUACUUGACACAAGCAAAAUAUCCAGAGACUCGAGACUGUUCUUGCCAUUUUUUCAAAGUAAUAAUUUCUAGUGUUGAAAUGCCAUUUCUCUGCAGUACUAGAAAAUUGGGUUUUAGAGGUCUGCUUGUUUGUUCAGCCCAAAAAUGAACAAGAUGAUGAUGUUGGCGCAUGUUAGGUUUUGAUUGUAAAAGAAAAGUAAUUUGACUUGUAUUUACCACGAGCUGCUCAUCUUAUUUUGCAUUUUGAAGUCACAGUCAAGUUAAUUGUUCUUUCUUUUUAUGUCAGAGGUUUGCUGGAUCUGGAACUGGUGGAACAACAGUUUCUUUUGAAGGCAGUGAGACUUCUCAACCCAAUGCACAGGACAAAGGGGAAUGGGAGGUGAGUUGGAUUUGGUUCGUCUACGAGUAGUUUCGCCAACGUCUUGUUCGCAAACCUCCUAAGUUGUUUCGCAUUUGUGUUAGGUUAGUUCCCUUACUGCUUUCGCCUAAUCAGUGGCUUAAAGAACGAGGUGCGUACAUGUAUAUCGGACUUUUUCGUGUUAUGGCUGAAAGAACGAGGUAUAUACCCGCGCAGUGCUCGUUUGGGUUUUAAGUGGAACGACUUGUGACGUUAGUGAACAGGACGUUCGCGAAACGACCGGUCACCGUAGAGAUAUAAAUCUAAACUGGCUCACCUUACUCUCAGGAACCUAUCUUAUCUCAUUAUAUAAGUGUCUGUAAAGAUGGAUGAAAAAUGAUUGUUUAUAUCCUGGUUUUAAAACUGCUAGCUUGACAGUUGAUCCAUUUGAAGUGAACACUGAGUUAUACUUGUGAUAUCCUGGCUAAAAACCUACACCCCACCCAGACACCUUUUGCUCCAUGAUCGCUUCGACCGUUUUCUGAAUCACGGUAAUUGUAAUCUUUUUAUGUUGCAGGUACAUAAUUUUACAGCAGAUAAUGACUAAUUUUGAUUGUUUUAUAUUUCAGGAGUUAGUGUUCGCAAACAUUCAGACGCGAAAACCGGCCUCUCUAGUGCGUUCCCGUAAGUAUUUGUUUAAACCGCGGUCUAACUGGACCAGCCCGCCCACGUACAAUCCUGUACGACAGUGACUGCCGGCAAACUGUAAUGCAGUUUGUAGUCACUGUCGUACGAGGGAAGGGGGAAGAGAGGCUUCUCAAAGGAAGCAGCGCAGCUGAGUAGUCAGAGCGUAAGACUUGCAAUUUUGAGGACCGCGUUUCAAUUUCCUGUCCUGACCACUGGCUCGAGCUGUUUCUUGGUCGUUCUGUGUUCAACUCCUUGGCCAGGCUUGUAAGUAGCCAACUAGUUUGCCUACUUCCAGAUGGGAUUCUUAACCUUGUCAUGAAGUAAUACGUGUGAAGUAAUAGUUUUCAUGCUAUAAAAAUUAAUGCUGAAGAGAGUGAAAAUUGAAAGUAUUCUUUUUAAGGUGAUGUUGUUUUCAUUUUCAGUACCAGCGUCUUUCAGAGAUAAGGCCAAUCCAAAUUUUACAAUCAAGCGAAUGUACGACAGUGCUCGAGAAGAAUUUGAACAACUUGAAAGACUACGGGAGGUUAGUUAUGUGGCUGUUUGUUAAAAUCAUAUUGCAGGUAUGGCAUUGUAGUUGUGUGUUGGCCAGUGACGGUCCGAUAUGGCCCCAAUGUCAUCCAUUAACUGGAAAGACGUGAGUUUGAGACAUGUUUUUAAAGGGAAGAGUUAACAAUUAUGCUGCAAAUUUUUUGCCAUCAUUGGCUUCCUCUUUGUAUGUUAACGGCAUAGACGAAUUGUUACUUUUUUUGGUUGUUUAAUCCACAGAGUAUUGAGAGUCGUCUGAAAGUCACCUUACCAGAUGAUUUACUGGCGUCACUUGCUGAUGGUGUAGUACUUUGUCAUCUUAUUAAUAACAUCAGGAAAGGAAUGAUACCUAGCAUUCACAUUCCCUCAGCAGGCGUGGUGAGUGCAAUGGUAACUCAUAUUAGUGAAUGCUCUUGCGACAAAAGACUUUCUCCGAAUUCCAAAAACCGCCAUCUUUCUAAAUGAAAGUAGUCAUGUGUUAAACCUUUUAUUUUUUUGCAUAAGAACAGAAUAUCCUUUUGAUAUCCAAAGCUUCGUACUUUCCCUCGUUUGAAACAGAGUCUGGGAACAACUCAGAAAUGUUUUCAAGUGUUAAUUUGAAGAAAGGCUGAGUGCUGAUUGAGGCGCUGUGUAUUUUAAAUACACAUGAAUGGUCAUCUUAUUUCUUGUUGCUUUGCAGCCUAAACUAACAAUGCCUAAAUGUCAGAAAAAUGUGGAUUAUUUUCUUGAAGCUUGCAGAAAGCUUGGAGUUACCAAGGUAAACAAAAAUGUCUUUUGACAGUGUAUAGAAAGCAAGUUUUAAAGAUACAACGGGUUCAGUUAGCCUGUAAUGCAGGUCAGCGCUCAGUGUUGUCGACAUCUUUGACUAUGAAAACGUAAGGAAAUUUAGGGGAGUUGAAAAUAGCAAUCCACGUGGAAGACCUUAUUAGGAUGACAGAGCGAAUUGAGGGGAGAGGGGUGGAGGAAGAAAAUACGGGUCAAUCUACCUACCCCUCCCCUAACCCAACAUUUUGCCUUAAGUGAGAAGUAAGUGUUAAUGUUGACUUAGGGAAGGGAUAGGUAUGCAGUUUCCCAGAAACCUAAAUUAAUCCGAAAAUGCUUCUUUCUCUCUACUUUGUCUCCAUUACUCCUUGUGGUUUUUGGAGGAGCUAACUUAAGAAUCUGCGCGCCCCAAGAAAGUGCACGUUUUGCGGGCUAAGAUGUGUUGGAACACUAGACUACUUAUUUGUUUACAAGUUAGUCUUGUUCUGAAUGGAACUGUCGCUACGGUUUAAUGGCAUAAGCAGCUCGUUUAGUAUAGCCAACAUCAUCCCUUCUUCAAUUUGCAGUAGAUUCGUGCGACUUUUGGGACCUCGUUUUCAUUUCAUUUUAAAAACUUAUCAAUAAAUCCACCGGGUAAAAACUAUUCCGAUAAAGUUUUAGUUCCCCUCGCUCCAAUGCACGUAUUCAGCCAAUGUGAGAAGUAUUUUCUUCUAACCCUUAUUUGAAUCAAAUGCGUGAGAUUUUCGUUUUGUCAUGAACGGGAUUUCCGAGAACGUCCCAGCGACUCCCAGAGAUUUCCGAAUGUUGUAGGAAAUUUCCCAAGAUGUUCCGUCACCGAAGCUAUUUAAAAUUUCUUACAUAAGGUGAUCCUGUCUUUGUUUUCUUUGUUAGGAUAAGCUCUGUACACCAUCCGACAUUCUGGAGGAGAAAAGUCCGCUUAGAGUUUGCCAGACUGUAGAAUCAUUACUGGAACAUGUAGAUGGGGGAGUAUAGCAGCAGAAAACGGACGCGGUUGCUGUAAAUCAGAAAUUGUACCGAUCAAAGCUAUGUGGCAACAUAGCCGUAACUUCCAAUAUCUAAGAGUCAGUUUUAUUUAAAAUUAAUGAAAAGGAGCUCGUCAUCACCAGCUUCCUUUAAUUGUCUGAAUAAGAGUACUAGUGAUUGUUACCUUACGUGUAAAAAGUGGUUAUGUUAGUAGAAAAGGAACAAAAUUGAGGUUUUGGGGUUUGUAGAUAUCCCGUUAAGAGUCCUAGGUAGGACUUUUUACGGCUAAUUCUGACACAAAUUUAUUAUUGUAUGUUGUUUCUGCAUGGAUCCACGAGUUCCGUGGAAGGUCCGAGGCUAGCCUGGCUAGUCCGAGGCUUGCUUUACGCCUUGCAAAGAAAUAAAUUUUGACAAGUUUUUGCUUAUAAAAUAAAUUCGAAAGAAAUUCUUUUUUUUCUUUUGCAACAGCACAAUACUUACAGUUUUUCUGCGUAUCUUUUUUGUAGACUUUGUUGAGCGCGUCUGUAAAAAUGUUUAAACAAUUCUGAAAAUGAUACUAAAAUUUUAAAAAUUUUUUUAUAAACUAGUUUGUACCGUCUGUAUUGUGAAAUAGCUUCCUCGUUUAUUCAGUUUCAUUCGAACUGAAAAUUCUACAGUUAUUAUCAAAUGCGGAUGUCAUGAUAUUCCAAGAACGUGUUAAAAUCUACUCGGAGUGGUCUGUCGUCCUAAAUCAGUUUAUGGUGGUUAUAAUUACAAUUUACCCCCGGCCUUGUGUUAAACCUGUUUUAGGUUGCUUUUAAUAGGUUGAAUUUGUUGACGAAUCCCGUAAAACCUGAAAAUACUAAUGUUUUUCGAUCAAAAUGAGGUUGUUAGGUUAUCUUGUAACGAUCCUCGGAUUUUCCAGCUUGGGAUAGAGGGAUAAAGUAAAAACUCGGUACGACCAAAGGUUCAAAGAAUACUCUUUCAAAAAUAUUUGUCGCGCUGAUUUUGCUUCAUCCCACUUUGCAAUUUUCAGAGAACUAGCCAAAAACUUUGGGAGGGACCUUACAAGACCAAACUGAGCGCGUAGCUGACCAAUAGGCCAUUUGCAGGUGCUCGGUCACGAGAUACAGCCAAUUAGAUCACUAGUCAGUCGGGCUGUGGACCCAAGUCCGGCGCAGGGAACGGUUGUAUCUUGGCGUUGUAAAAACUAUUGUGGGAGCUUUGCAUUGUGGUGUUAUAUUGCUAAGGUCUUUUCAGUUUGUUAUAUUGAGUCGUUCGGUGAUCGCAUUAUACGCCGUACCAAAACGCUGUCAGGAAACGCGCAACGGUACCAAGUUUGAGAAGCGUUUAACCUUUACCGAUGGCGUUGAAACCCGCGCAACCGGUGCCAAAGGCGGUUAAAUUUAAACAGACGACCUUAGCCUGCUUAGUAAGCAUUUCCAAUCUUCUCAAGGAACUCGCGCGGAAACGCGUGCUGCUCAGAGCUGAUGACCUGCAUCUUGUGAUGUGAAAUAAGCAACCCACCUUGAAGCAAUCGAUACUCUGCGAAAUAAAAUGUACCGUCUCUGUCAAGUACGGAAAUAUAGCAUUCAAUGCGGCGAAAGACGCGCAGGCGGAAUUCCACUGUUGGUUUGAAUUUGCUUUUUGGUAAAUUAGAAAAGUAGCGUCAUGUUACUACCCAAGGCGACCAGAAGUUAAUCCAAAAAUGACGCACCUGUUUUCUUGCACUUGGUACCUGCUUGAUUGAUCAAUUUGGUUCGAACUUAUUCAUUGUAGAGUUUAAAAAAUUUUGCUUUCUUGGCCUUCAACUUAAGUAUGACAAAACCGUCUUUUGUAGAAAGAAUGUCAGAUUUUACAACUGUACUCGAGAUAGUUGUAAAAGCAACCAGUGCUAUUGGUAAAUAUUCUUGUAGUUUGAAUUGAAAUACCAGUACAAUAAUUAUUAUUUCUCAGUGAAGUGAGAUGUUUUUCUUGUAAAGUGGUAAUGAUAAUCUUGUCACUAUUUUUAAAAUUUUUCAAGUACAAACCUCACCGAAAACAAUAAAAGUUAU